GCCCGGAACAGAUAAACGGGGCUGAAAGGAAGCCUCUGGAAUAUGGCCUUCACUAUUCUGCCAACGAUCAACGGUCGCCUUCCAUCUUCUCCUUCACCAAGUUUCCCUAGUCAACAUCACUCUGCCGCAAUCCUCAAAUGGCAAUGGAGAAGGGACCAAGAUGCAGGCUUAGUUUCCAGCAGAACCAGGGGUCAAGCAAUUCGAAUAUUGGCAAAUUCCAAUGUUUCUUCGGGGAAAGAUGGUUCAAAGAAUGAUGUGAACAUGGUUGAUCCUGUAGAAGCCAAGCGAUUGGCUGCCAAACAAAUGGCACAAAUUAAAACAAGGGAGAAACUCAAGAGGAGACGUCAAAUUGAGGCAAUCAAUGGAGCAUGGGCAAUGAUUGGUCUCACAGCUGGCUUGGUUAUUGAGGGUCAAACUGGAAAAAGUAUUCUAAUGCAGUUGGCAGACUACUUGAGUGCAAUUAUUCACUUUUUUGUGCGGUAGACCCUUCCAAGAGGUGCAUGGUUACAUAUUCAAGAACGACAGAUUCUUUCGCAUUCUUUGCAAUCAAUAUGUACCAGCCAUACCAAUGAGGUUAACUUUCCUCUGAUGUAUAAAGCCAUGCAACGUGCAUCACUCUAUUUUCCUGUAACCUGUAACUAUUUAUCCAACAUGAUGUUACUUCGGAUAUAAGAUUCUCGCAAUGAAUUCAGUUUUGCUAUAUACAAGCCAUACCAAUGAGGUUAACUUUCCUCUGAUGUAUAAAGCCAUGCAACGUGCAUCACUCUGUUUUCCUGUAACCUGUAACUACUUAUCCAAGAUGAUGUUACUUCGGAUAUGAGAUUCUCGCAAUGAAUUCAGUUUUGCUAUA